AUGUAUUCCCUCAUGAUGGACAAAUUGUGGAGGUAUAUGGCGCUUACUUGGACUGCCGCAACGCUGCUCUCAUCUUCUGCACUAGCAGAUUGCGAGUGCGGGUAUUCUGUUAAUGCAACAAGUGAUGCAGAGCAUACGGUAUAUACUGAUGUUAUUGAGACCAACUUCCGAACUGUACAGAAUCUCUCGCACAAUGAUGCUUGGGAAAUCCAAACUUCGGAAUUUCCUUACGAUUCCUCGUCAGGUCAAUAUGGCCGAAUUGACGAGUUGCGUAAUGUAAUCUCGAAUCCGCUGGUCGACAAUUCUACCUGGAGCGGCUCGGGAACGCUGGGCCCUGAUGCUGGAGUACAGCUCUGGACACGGGGUGGAAUCCCAUCAAACAACCUAGUUCCGAUGGGCGAGAUUCGCACCAGUCGGUCUGAUAUGCUGUAUGGAAGCAUUCGAUCUCUGAUUAAAUUUACCGCCACCAAUGGAACAUGCGGAGCAUUCUUCUGGUACUACAAUGAUACACAAGAAAUUGAUAACGAAAUUUUAUCACGGCAAAAUCAAGCAGGAAACAACACUGGGGCAGUCAAUCUCAUAUUGCAGUCACUGGAAUCACAAGCUGCUGGAUAUAAUGCGGCCAAAACACCGACUUUUGACACGUAUCCACUGCCCUUUGACCCAUCCGACGGGUUCCAUGAGUACCGCUUUGACUGGACACCAGAGAAAAUUUCAUUUUAUGCUGACGGUAAGUGGCUGCGUGAUAUGACACAAAAUAUCCCGGACAAUGCUGGUCGCGGGUACUUCAAUCACUGGAGCAAUGGGAACCCUUUCUGGUCCGGUGGUCCUCCUAAUGUCGAUGCUAAGAUGACGGUUGCCUACUUCCUUGCAUAUUUCAAUUCCUCAAACCCGGCGCGUUCAUCGGACUAUAAAAGUCGCUGUCCAUCCGUGAAAGGGACACAGUCUAUCUGUACGAUUCCGGAAUACAACAGCACACAGCCAUUCUUUUUCACCGAGCAAAAGAACAUGACCAAUAACCAGACUAAUACUUCUGGGGACGCUUCCUCUGAUGAUUCGGGAGGCGUUAUUGUAGGACCACUUCCUCAAUUUAUGAUGACUCAAGACUAG